AUGUUUAUCAUGGACGAGGGCCGCCUUAGCGGCCCUAGACUCCCCCAAGGACAUCCUUCUGACCCCUACCUUCUAUGGGCCUUUUUGCACGCUGCGUUGAUGCCUACUGUCAGCAUUGGAAUGGCUUGGCCACCUGUAGGGAUUGUGCCUGUUGAUUGGACUCGUCGUCCAAGCUUAAACACUGUUUUGCUAGCGACUUCUUACUUUAGUGCCAACGCAGCGAAGAAUGCCAUGGACCAGGGCCAAAGAACUGCGUGCGGGUUGAACUUGCUACUAACUAUUGUGCUAGGUGUUCUUUUUACUUUAUAUCAAUAUUUAGAGUAUAGUAGCGCUGCGUUUACUUUUAGUGACUCCGUGUUUGGAAGCGCAUUUUAUCUCUCUACAGGAUUCCACGGAAUGCACGUUAUGAUUGGGAUCUUUUAUCUGGUAGUUUGUUUCUUAACCUUAAAAACCGCUAGCCCUGGCAAAUCCACAGCGUUGGACUUAGCCGUCCUGUAUUGGCACUUUGUCGAUUUGGUCUGGGUGCUAAUUUUAACAUUGGUUUACGUUGAAGCAUUUCCUUAA